UGCACUCGUAGGUUCGAAUUAUUCGUGUAUCAUAGAUAUUGACGUGAUGCACAAUAUUGUCAAGAAUAUGAUAGAGAAACUCGUCACGUACUAGGAGAUUCCGCACAUAUGGUUUCACGAGUGCAUAACAUUAAAAUCGCCUAUUUCCGAUUGCACAGGAUAAGGUUGGUCGAGCAUAAAUUGUCAACGCCCUCGACCGCUACCCUGACCUCCUUCGGCAAAUUUCUUGAUGCACGCAUAUUUUCCUACUCUAAUUGCGAUUGACCAUAAAUAUCACGAGUAGAACUGACCCGCGUAUAUUACAGUCAGCUGGACUUCAAACAACAUCUCCCGGAGAAAGAACAAAUAAUAUUCUCAUCAAAUCCCGAUAAAGGACUAAUAAAUUUUGUGGGUUCGAAUAUUAAUCGCGAGUUGUUUGAUAUGAAGUUUACAUCAGCAGCGUACAUCUGGUCUCUGGUUGUUAUUCUACUGAUGAAAACUGUGGCGAGUGAAGAGGAUGAAAUUUUACGUUGGGCGUACGGUUUACGAACUUUACUCAAAGGUUGUCCACCGGCUCCUAAUUCGAAUCAACACGAAGUUGUUGCUAUUUUACGUAAUUGUCUCCAACAUCGCACCAUCGUCGCAGUUGAUACUCUACUGAUGGACGACGUCAUACCAAUUCUUGAUGGGAUUAGUUUGGUGCGAUAUGAGGAUCCACAAUCUAAUGGAACGGACAAGGAUCGUGACGGAGAAUCGGCGAACGAGUUGGAGGAUAAUCAAAGUCAUGAAAAUGACAACAGUUGGCAGGGAGUCGUGAUGAACAGAUUUACACGUUUAUUUCGUACGCACGUUCUGAAAAUAGACGUUGAUCAAUUAUCAAAAAAUAUCAGGCCUCAAUCAACCGAGAGUCUUAACGUAGCAGAAAAUGGCGUUAAUGCCGUGCAAGGGAGGAGGCGUCGUCGUCACAAACGGAAGGGAAUGGUUCCGAUGAUGAUGAUGAUGAUGGGUGUUAUGUUUAUGGGGGCGGCUAUCAUACCAAUGGGAUUCAAAUUUCUAGCUGUACUGGGUGGGAAGGCUCUGAUUUUGGCAAAACUUGCUCUACUUCUGUCGAGUAUUCAGGGAUUGAAGAAAAUUGCUACCAGCGGGGUGAAUUACGGUUUAUACCACUCACCCGGACCCGAACAGUUAUGGCACGACCGAAGUCAUCAGGAGCCGGCUAGACAACCCGUCGAAAUCCCAUAUCGAAGUUAUCCCCCCGGGCUAUCCAAUCCGUGAAAUAUUUUCCAUUAAUCUCCUCUCAUCAUUGUGUAUUGAGAAUAGCGUUAGUACUAAAAUUAAUAUUUAUUAUCAUGUAUCUGAUAUUUAUUGAAUUCGUCAUUAAUUCAUUUGAAUAAAUACCAUAGCAUGUAUCCUCGUUUAAUCACCUGAUCGUGAAUCACGUGAAAAUUAUUGUCCUUAUGUUCACAGAUCCCGAAUUAAUUGUAAUUAGAAACCCUCAUAGGCGAAGUUUAAAAUUUAAUGUACAAGUAACGAGUUAUCUCUGUUACAUGUUGUAUAACAAGUUGAGAUUAUUGAGGGAUGAGUCUUAAGUUUAACGAGAACGUAAGAUUGACCUUUACCGUUAGAAAAUUGCUGUAGCAAUUUGCCGAUGAUUAAAAUACGGGGUUAAAAAUAUCGCGAGACACCGAUAUAUCAAACGGCUAAUAAAUUCUCUAUAGAAAGAUUCUUGGAUAGCAAAAAAAAAUAAGGGAAAUGAAAGAUAGAGAGAGGAAGGAAGAGAACCAGCAACAAACAGGUAUACUGUAAUCGUGUGUAAAAAAAUCCGCAUUAUAAUGUCGGGGGAGUUUCAGGGAGUUUGGGAUUUAAUCGAGUGAAAGUCUGGCACCCAAAGACGUAUACCGUAAUCCUUUAAUAUCAGACAUUGUCGGAUGGAUUUUGAGACAAUGGCUCUGUAUUGUAUACCUAUAUCUGAUAAGAAUUGCGCCGCGCUGGUAGGAUAUUUCCAAUUUAUGCGGAAAUUUAAUAACAUGGAGCGAGAGGAGGACGAUUAGAAAAAGAGGCGAAUAUAUAGUGCUCAACUCAUUUUAGCUUUGUAGAGCGAUUCGAUCGUAUAGAAGCAUAGGUACGCGUGAAAGGAAUUUUGAGCCGAAAUUUGCUUUGAGGAUCGCAGAAACAUCUCGUUAAACACCUAAAAAGAUCAACCCACAGGUGUAAUUUCAUUGAGAAUAGAUCGGGCUCCAUUCAAGUUUUCUUCAUUUUCUUUUGUAAAAUUCAAUAAAAUGUGAAGGUAAACGUUGAAAACGAAAAAAUGAAACAAGACGGAAAAAUUUCACGUCAUUUCAUCGCGGGAGCUGGUUCUAAACUGUACCUCGGGUUAAAGCCGUUGCCGGAUCGAC